UAUGGCUGCAGCCAUGCAAGAAUUUACACUGGACGACUGCAAAGCGGCUCUGAAUGAUGUUAUGUUGGCGUUUAAACAGGAAGAUAAUAGUCACAGACUAGAAGAAGCACGACAACUCGCUGGUAAUGAUAUGUUACGGACCAUGCAGAUCUUCUUUCCUAUCGCUACAGAAAUACAGAUGGGUAUUAUAGAGAAAUAUGGUUUCCCUGCUGAUGGAGAUGGUUUAGUGAGAUUUACGCAGGCAGUGAAACUCUAUGAGAAACAAGACCCAGCUAUAACUCAACUCAAUCAAGAAUUACGUAACGUCUUGAUGCCACCGGUCAAUGUGCAGCCAGUCAGCCCUUCACAACAGAAUGGCAACAGUAGCUGAUGUCAUGACAACACGUCAUGUCAUGUCACAGUUAGAGAGGUGUCACUCUUGUUGUGUUUAGCUAAUGCUCAUACAAAUCUUUUUAAAUAUUGCCAUUUCUUCAAUAUAUGUUUUGUUCUUGUGAUUUGAAUAGAGAAAUAGUUAGCCGUUUUAUUCAUUUAUAAAAAUUGCUGACUUUCGUAUUUUUUCCUCGAGAUUUUUUUGAUAUUUUGAAAUAUUUGUGUGAGCAUUAGCUAGCAUCAUAUUUAGACGUUCAAAUUUUCAAUUCUUCAGAUAAUUCAUAGCUUUUUCUUUUCAUUUUAUUUCAACUUUCUGACAAGGUUUAGUCGUUAAAACCACUUCUUUUAAAGGUUUUUUUUGGGCCGUAGAAAAUAUAAAGAGGAGAGGGACUAUGGGGGAAGGGGUGAACCCUUUUCUCAAAAUCUCCUCAACAACAGAUAUGUCAGUUGUCAAAUUAUUAGGAAAAUGACCACUCCACCCCAUUUUCCCAUCUCCUAUAUCUAGGCCCUUUUUUCUUUUACUUAGGACCCAAAUGAAAUUGGAUGGAAUUUAAAUUUCUUUUUAUAUUUUUUGCAAAAAUGAAUUUUUUACGCAAGUAUUAACUUUUUAUAGCAAACAUUUUCAUAUUGUUUAAAGCAUAUAGAAAUAUGCAAAUUUUUUUGUGUGCAAAUUUGUGACUAUCUCUUCAAAACUAAGCUAAUGGGUCAAAAUUUGAAAGAAGUUGUGAAUGGGCUAUGUUUGUGAGCCUCACACAUUCAUUUUUUACCCCAUCAGAGUAGUUAUGUUGAGGGGGUCCCAUUAACAAUUUAUUGGUUUCAUAUUUCAAAAAUGCAUAUAGAUUUUAUGCCCUUAUAUGAUAGAGAUUUUAUUUGCAAACAUAGAUAAUGUUGCUUUUUAUAUUUAGCUUUUAAUAUAUACAUCUUUGCAUUUAUUCAUCUUGAUAAUUUGUCUACAUUUGCCAGUCAUGUCUAAUAUUGGAGUUUGGGAAUGAGUCACUCUGUUCAGGGCAUUUUAUAUUGAUAUUUGCUAAAAAUGAAAUUCAGAGAAUUUAAAAUGAGACAAUUUGAUUGGUUAAUAAAGCUAGAUUCAGAAUUAAAUUAGUUAUUGUCCAAUCAGAUGACUGGAGAAUUCAGUUCUUGAUAAGUGAAAAACAUUUUCAAAUGCAACAAUUUGCCGCACAAAAAUAUGGACAAAAUUUGUCUGGCAUUUAAAAUAAAAUAUUUGUCCGGCAUUUAAAAUAAUGAGUCAACAUCCCUGGACAAUGUAAAUAUAAAUAUAUAUAAAUGUAUGAUAACUGUUUUAUAAUCUUUGUGAUAAUCAAAUGCCAAAUUUUAGUUUAGUUUUUCAAAACUUAAGAUCUUUGAGAAAAAGAGAUAAGGUUUUUUUUUGCAAUAUAUUGUAUUUUACAGAUGUACUAAAAUGAUAAUUUUCAAAAAAACUUUUGGAUCAAUUUUCCAAAUGAAGGUUUAUAAAUUUCUCUGAUUAUGUUAGUAAUAAACUUAUUAAUAUACUCUAUCAUAACCUCAAUUCAGUUUUCUAAUCAAAUAUAUUCAAUAUCAUUUUUUUG